UCGAAACUCUGUCAAUUACAGAAGCAUUUGGCGAAUCUGGGUGAAAAUCAGAGUCCCAAGACAUUACCUUUGAUGAACUUUUAGUUGCUUUUGUUAGUUGGCUUUCUCACAAAAUGCUGCUGACGUCACUUCAGGUCUUGGAAAACACAGCUCGCACAUACCCUUUGUGUUACUACUCAGGUUGGUCUGAAUUGGAUAUUAGGUUUCUGUCGUUAAUUUCUGUUGCAUUUUUGGUUCAGAUGAACAAUUUCGAAUAGAAACAUAAUGAUUGAAUUUCUAUGAAGAAUAAAGAUGUGGGCGAUCUUGGCAUCAGAACAUGUGUAUUAUUUGAUUCUGGAAGUAUGGCACUCUCAUUUUCUAUAAUCUGCAGUCAGUAUACUGGAACGCCCAUACAAAACCAAGCAGGAAAAGGCCAGAAGAGUUUGUACUGUGUCAUACCGAGUAAAGGCCUUAAUUAUUGUCAGACUCGACUUGGGUUGAUCAUUAGUCGAGUGUGAUGCUUGAAGAUACUCUACUUAUUUGCAAAUCCUACAACAGUAUUUACCCCUGUUUUCAAUCGUUCCUUAUUCAUGGCUUGUGCAUUCCAUGUUCGUAAAAAUUUUCAGCUGCGAACUCACAUGAGAGGAGGAAAUUGCAAGGUAGCUUGUAUUGACACACAAUGAACUUUGUAUCCUAUGAUAAUCUGUCUGUAUCUUUCUUGACCUUGAUGAAACUGCUUGUGUUUCAUAAAUGUUGUCUGUCCAUGUAAGCGCAUGUGUACUUUCUUAACUUAGUACACAUGCAGUCAUCCUGAUCGAAUCGUACCAAUUGCCGAGAGAUUUGGCAUGGAUCCUGGUGCAGUCCUAGAUAAUGUAAGCAAUGAUUUCUAUACUGGUGGCAACUCUUAUUUUUCUGGCUAGUGUACUUGCUGUAAUCUAGUCUUUCCAUGAAUUUGAAGAUCAUUUACACCCGUGCUUCUACUUCUGAGCAUCACUACAACUUGCUUCUUGAUUUGGCUGCCAGAAUGUAUGAAGAACCAUUCAAAUUACUGAUUGUGGAUUCGGUGAAUGCUCUCUUCCGAGUGGAUUUUACUGGAAGAGAACUUGCAGAGCACCAGGUUGAUCCUGAAACCAUCAAAUCAUGCAAGUUGUUAUUCUGCAGCUUAUCUGGUUUGACACUAAUGAAUUCCAAAUUGCAGCAAAAAUUGGCACAAAUGCUCUCACGUUUAAUUAAGAUAGCUGAGGAAUCUAACGUGGCAGUGUACAUGACCAAUCAAGUCAUAGCUGAUCCAGGCGGAGGUGUGUCAUCAGACCCAAUGAAACCUGCAGGCGGGCAUGUUCUGGCUCGUGCAGCCACGAUUAGGUUGAUGUUUAGGAAAGUCAGAAGGGAGCAGCAUGUCUCCAAGGUGUUUGAUGCCCCAAACCUACCUGAAGCUGAAGCUAUAUCCUUUUUGUGCCAAAUCUUCCUCUGAUUAUAUAAUUUAUCAAAACUUAUCACAUCAUAAUGCAGAUACUAAGUAAAAUAUCUAGAAGUCUAUAUCAAAAUCUGUGAGAAAGUUGAUACUGCGUCUAUAUAGGGAUUGGUGGAUACCUGAUUUAAGCAUGAUACUCACAGUAUAGUUGAUGUUGCCUGGAGAUCCAUGAACAUGUUGAAUACAAAUUUUGUGCAGAGGAAUUAAACAAAAAGAAGCGGAUAUUGAUAAUUUUCCUCAGUAGGACUGGUAUAUUAUUAUUAGCUCCACUGUUAUGUAGACGAUGCACAUUUAUCAAGACCAUCGCUCAAUUUUGUCAGAAAAUUUAGCAAGAGCUCAUCUGUCAAUAGGAUGAGACCGAGAUAUUCCAUAUAUGUUGGACUUGACAAACACACGUUUUUAGAUAACACCAGGAGGCAUCGCUGAUGUGAAGGACUAAAGAAGUCUCUCCAACCAGGAAGGCAGGCGAAAUGCUUUCUUUUGUUAAUCUGCAAUUUGAUGUUACUCAUCAUAUUGACAGCUAGAGGCAUAUAAUGAGCUCCCAAGCACUUCAUUUCCUCACUCUGCAAUGGACACUUUGUCACCCUUGUCAUAGCUUGUCCUUAAGUUUCUUGUGCUCGACAACAAACCAUUCAUGGAAUGACAUGAGAUACUUUCUCUAUGGUGACCCAAAAGAUUUGUCAACUACAUUGUCACCUUUGUGUAUCAAUUGCAAAAUAUAUCGUAAGGGUAAGGCCUGAGUAUCC